CAAUCAGUUCGCUGUGCCGCGCGUCGAUUAGUACACGUCGAUUAUUGCUUGGGAUAUGACUAGACAGAAAAUGGUUGUUUCGCGCAUAUUCAAAUAGUUUGAAUCAUAUCCGCGAUACGCUUUCGCGAAUGUGAUUUACAGGAGCGCAGUAUUUUAUUUUAAGCGCUUCGAACAAUAAACUAUUGGAAAGUGUUUGGUACUUUCCGUUCCACACAUUUGCUACGCCUCUCGAGUAUAGUUGUUCAGUUUGACCAAAAACCACGAAAAGGAAAAUUUGAGUAGAAAAUUAGCUCGCUGAAUUAAUGGUAUUCGGCUGAAUUUUUGUGUGAAGGCCAACGAGUGUCGCAUCAAAUUUUCGGAGCGUUCGCUUACUGAAGCUGCAAAAGAAGUUUGACUUACAAUUACAUCGACCAAAAAGGAAGAAAAGGAGAAGAUUUUUGGCAUAGAAGGCCAAAUCUAGCAAAGAAAACUGAAGGCAUAAUGCUGCUGAAAUUACGUAUAUCGUUCAGUAUCAUAAACGUUAUAUAUGCAAUAUUUCGUCGCAUCUUAUUGCUCAUUUACAAGAAACCGUCAUGUAUACCGCCGAUAACACAUCCGAUACACAUGUUGAGUGCCACGACGCUCGCUAGAAAAAUAAGACAGAAAGAGAUUACGAGCUGCGAAGUAGUGGAAGCGUAUAUUUCGCGCAUUAAAGAAGUAAAUCCUUUCAUUAACGCUGCCAUUGACGAACGAUUUUCCGAUGCACUAAUCGAGGCGAAAAAUUGUGACGAGCAAUUAAAAAAGGGCGAAUUUGAUAUAGAAACUUUAGAGAAAUGUAAACCGCUGUACGGUGUUCCAAUUAGCAUUAAGGAGUGUCUAGCUGUAAAAGGCUUGAGCCACACAGGUUGCACUUUGCCUCGUAAAGGAGUGAAAGCGGAUCACGAUGCAGAGGUCGUCGAGAUGGUCCGAAAUGCCGGCGCGAUAAUAUUGUGCGUCACAAAUACGCCGGAGAUGUGCUCCGGCUACGACAGCACGAAUCUGUUGUACGGUCGCACCUGUAAUCCUUACGACACUAGGUAUUCGCCCGGUGGAUCGUCCGGUGGAGAGGGUGCAUUGCUCGGAGCAGGUGCUUCCGUGAUGGGUAUUGGUUCGGACAUGGCUGGCUCUGUAAGACUGCCGGCUUUUCUAAAUGGCAUUUUUGGGCACAAACCCACUCCUGGAGUUGUUUCGACUAAUGGACACUUCCCAUGCACCGACGAUGCAUUCUUUCAAAUGAUCCUGACCAUCGGUCCAAUGACCAAAUACGCCGAAGAUCUCAGCUUGCUUAUGAAAGUGAUGACAUCGAAAUGCAAUCAGGAUUUACGUCUAGAUGUACCGGUGGAUUUGAGGCGAAUAAAGAUCUAUUAUCGAGAAGGUUUGGAUCCGACGUUCGGCGUAUUGGCAAUGCCACCGAAAAUUGUGGAAUGCAUUCAGCAAGCCGCUAAUCAUUUCGUUCGAUACGAUAUUCCUGUGCAGAAGUUACCGAUAGAAUGGCCAGUUACGAUGCCCGAAAUUGUGUUUUCUCAACUUACGCUUGUAAAGGAUAGGCCUCGAUUGCUACUGGAUGCAAACCAUUCCGAGCCGCAGAGCCAGAAAAGUCCAGCCGUCGAAUUGAUGAAAGCUUUAUUCGGUUUAUCGCAAUACACGAAGCAGAUGCUUACCUUCGCUAUAUCGUUUCAACCGAAUUUUUCGCUCACGACGGAGUCAGAAAUGUCAUAUUACUCGAAGCAGACAGACAAGCUUCGACAGAAACUACUGGAUCUGUUGGGGGACGAUGGAGUAUUUAUUUACCCAACCUUCCGAAACCAGUUUCUUCCGCAACUUCUGCUGUGUGAAUUAUUAGCCAUUUCGAACUGCGGUUUCAUCAAUAUUUUCGGCUGUCCCGCGACGCACGUCCCGAUGGGAUUGGAUCAUGACGGAAUGCCAGUAGGCGUUCAGGUCAUAGCCGCGCCUUAUCAAGACCGUCUCUGUCUGGCGGUUGCAAAAGAGCUGGAGAUGGCCUUCGGUGGAUGGGUGCCACCAUCGGUAUCGAUAAGCGAUAAAGUGUCUAAAGACUUCUGUAAAUAAAUUGAAUCUAGCUGCGGAAUUGUAUCUUUAUUACGGAGGCAAAUGGCGCACAAAUAGAGGCUGUGGUAACACUGA